AUGGCCACCAUGUCGCUUCAAGCUCUCUCGUCCGCCUCCACCCUCGUCCCGUCGCCGUCUCUUCGCACCACCUCGCCGAACUCCCUUCGCAAGGCCUCCGCCACCACGGUUGCGUCGAAGCGGACUGUCGUGCGCGCUCUCAAGAGUGACAGUACCGAGGGGGGGCACGAGCAGGAAGGCGGGAGGGGCGCCUCGUGGGGGGAGCGAUGGCGGCAGCAGCACGCGGCGGCGGCGGUGGCGCUGGCGGCAGCAGCGGCUGUGGCGGGCCCCUUUGUUCCCGACGCUGCAUUGGCAUACAUCGGAGGAGGUCCGUACGGUCGCGAGGUGACACGUGGCCAGGACCUGACGGGACGGGACUACAGCGGGCUGGACCUGCGGGGGCAGGACUUUAAGACGUCCAUUCUGCGCCAGGCGAACUUCGCCGGGGCGAAUCUCAUAGGGGCUUCCUUCUUCGAUGCUGACCUCACAGGGGCGGACUUCACAGGAGCCAACCUCACUGCGGCUGACUUCUCCCUCACCAGUGCAAACAAGGCCAACUUCACGAACGCCAUUCUGGAGGGUAUUUCCUUCACUGGCAACACGUCCUUCAAAGGCGCCAUCAUCACUGGCGCUGACUUCACAGACGUGUAUUUCCGAGCGGAUCAGAAGGCAUACCUCUGCAGAGCGGCUGAAGGUCAUCCCUUCUCCUGUUUUUACCAAUUCUCCCCUUCUCCUGUGCUUCCGCACCAAGCUUUCUUCCCCAUUGCUUCCCACCCCCGUUGCUUCCACCACGUUUCCUGCCCUUUCCUCCCCAUCACUCCCCUCACUUUUGAAUUCCCCUUGACUCAACCCCUCCCACCCCAACCCCACCUUCCCCUCCACCCGCCAAGCAGCACCAAUCCUGUCACCGGCAACGACACCCGUGACACUCUGCUCUGCUAG